AUGACGUCCUCCGUCCCGGAAUGUUUCCGCCUUCGGUUUCGGGGUGUGACAAGUAGUACAAGUGAAGCUCAACAACGUGACAAGGUUGAAUUGACUCUAAUUCAGGUGGAUACUACUCGAAAUGAUUACCAAGCUACUCCUAAUGAUUUCGAAUCUAGUAGUCCAGGGGGUUAUGGUCAAUAUAUGCAAGUGACUCCUCAUAGAAGUUAUAAAGUUGAAGAUUUUGUUGGUGAGGAUGUUAAGGUUCAUACUAAUUGUGUGGUUGAAGAUGGUAAGGGUCAAGAUAAUAUUGUGUUUCAAGAUGGUCAGGGUAUAGUUAAUGUUGUGGUUAAGGAAGCUGUUGAGGUUCCUAACAUGCAAGUGCAACAGGUUAGACCAAUUUCAGAUAUUUUGAAGAGGAUAAGGAGAAGAAAGUUAGAGAGAAUAAUGAAGAUCAAAUUAGGAAAGACAGUUGGUGGUGUUAAUGAUACAUGA